AUGAUACAGGUCCCUUGCGUUACUCAAAGGGGAGCCCUCUCUCGGAUCGAAAACCUGCUCGAGUCCAUCGUGGAUGCAGUCAGCAGCGGGAAUGAGCUCGUCAUUCCGUACAAGACACCCCGCUCAUCGCAAAACGGAACCAACGCGGCAGCCUCACAAAGUGAUGACCGCCAGGCUGAUGUGGUGAGAUUUCCUGGACGGACAGUUCAGGAGGCCAAGAAGUUUGAAGCUCUUUUCCGCAUCAUCGAAAUGUCCCACGAAGCGCUCCUCUCUGGAUCUUUCGUGACGAAACGGAACAUCUACUACCAGAAUCCGGACCUGUUCAAGUCACAGAGUGUUGUUGACGACAUGGUGGAUAACCUUGCCUUAUCCCUUGGGGUCGGUCGGGAAGAUCUCAACAUUGUUGCUGCCGCGAAAGGCCUCAUUUCCGGACCAAUUGAUUUGAUUCUCCGUGAUGGUUCCAGUCACAGCUGCGACAUCCCUGGCGAUACCGGGAUGCUGCUGCCAUUUACCACUUCAAUACACAAGAUCAACUUCCGUAGUACGCGAUGGUUGUUGGUCAUUGAGAAAGAGCUCAAGGCGACGUUCCGGACGCUGGCCGCGUCACAAUACUGCAAAACUUCUCGGGCAGGACAUGGCAUCCUUAUGACGGCAAAAGGCUUUCCAGACUUGGCCACCAGACGCUUCCUCUCCAUCCUACAUACCGUCCGGCCCCAGCUGGAGUUAUUUGCCCUGGUGGACUUCGAUCCCCACGGCGUUGCAAUCAUGCGAACCUACAAGUAUGGCAGCCAACGGCUAGUUCACGAGGAGAACGCUACGGCUCCACGGCUUCGAUGGCUCGGCAUACGCAGCGAUGACAUCGUGACCAACGCCUUUCCCGGCCGCCAGGAAGCAUACGAAGCAUCCCAGGGUCAGAGCUGCCAAGACCCUGCCAAUCAGGACUCUGUGGCCUACUCCUUUGACGGGUGUUCGCAGAACGAGAGACCGGCGAAGAGGGCAAGGACCAGCAGGAUAGAAGGAACAUGCGAUUCAAUGUUACCACUGACGCAGCGUGACCGGAAGAAAGCUGUCGAUAUCAUGGGAGAGAUCGCUUGCACAGAACUUCUGGACAUGGACGGGGUUGAUCAGCUGCGGGAAUUGCAGCGGAUGCUGAUGCUCAACAUCAAGGCCGAGAUACAGGCCGUGGACAACUACGGCGACAUUGCUGACUGGCUGGAUGGAAAACUAAGCAUGUAG